AUGCGACGUGUCGCGCUUGCCAGCCUUUUACUCUGCCUCGGCAUGGCUUCACAGAAGCCGCAGCAACAUUAUCGCUUCAGUGCGGCGCGAAGCAGUGAGUCGCAUGGCCUUGUGGAUCACUGUAGGCUGCUGCAAAAAAUUCACACGGGCGAGGAUCCAGAGCACGUUCGGCGCAAGCGUAUUGAAGGCGUCGUUCGUAAGAUGGAGGCAAACUACACACAGUGGCUGACGGAGUGUGGGGUGAAGGAGUCCCUGCAGGUGCUCCAUGCUCUGGCAAGUGUGGCACGAUACCUUAAAAGGCAUCGCCCCGCCACAACAGAUUUACAAGCGGGGGAGGAGGAGUGGAGUGGCGCGUCGCCAUACUUUUCCCCAGGCGUGAGUGAUUGGUUGUGUGUUCUGCUGGAGCGUGCCGCACUCCACGCAUCACGCCCUGAGGAUUGUCUGGCACUGCUUAGGGCCGCUGCCGAGCUUGAGCUUGCAGACACGCAGGCGCUGCAGCAUUUGUGUCGCCAGUUGACCAGGCAAGAGUACACUGGGAGUGCAGCUCCCGCGGAACUGGUUUGUGUCCUGCGGUUGAUCUCACUUCUCGUGAAGCGCUGCCGCAUGCCAAUUCCGCAACUGGAUUGCCUCCUCUGCCGUUUGCACACUGCUCCACUCGACGCACGACAAGCACUCAAUGUCCUUUCCUCGCUGUUGCGGCUGCGUGAAAGGCAUAGUGUGCAUGUGGUGCGCUCUGUCUCAUGGAGGGCCGUGGAACAUGUCGCCACGUACACUCCGAAAGACGUUAUCUACGCCUUACAGGCCAUUGUGAUGCUAAGCGGUUGCCAUGAGACUUAUGCGGGGGCCGUUCUCAACCGGUGCAUCGUCUUGCACGCGGAGCUUAAGCCGACGGAGCUAGGGAGCGUCUGUAAGUAUGUGGCGAUGCUAAGCGGUUCACGGGCAAACAAUGAGACAGCGCUUUGCUGUUCGAAGGAGCUGCGUCGUCUGCUUCCUGCACUUUUAAGUCGGGCGGAGCAGCUGCUGGGCUGCUUUUCGCUGCGUGAUGCGCGUUGCGUGUUGCGCUGCCUGGAUCAGCACAAGGUACACCACGCCGUCGUAUUUUCAUGUCUGACGCCGUUUGUCUCGGAGAAGUAA